UUUUUUUUCCAACCUCCAAUCGGCCUCAACGCUUUCACAUUUGAACAAAUCUGAAAACGUCAUUUAUAAGAUUCCUUUUUGGAAAAUCGGAAAGCCUUAAUACUCCCCGACCCCAAACAAAAUGUCCCCAGUGAAUAACAGCAACGUUGUGGAUGCAGAGGACGUGCCAAGAGAUGAGAGUCUGGCUCGGGUGGAGAUCGCGCUGCUCAGCGUGAUCUUCGUGGGCGCCUCCGUGCUCAACACCGCCCUGCUGCUGGUGCUCUGGAGACAGCGCAAGCAGAUGUCCAGGAUGCGCGUCUUCGUCUUCCACCUGUGCCUGGCGGACCUGGUGGUCGCAUUUUUCCAGGUGUGCCCACAGCUCAUGUGGGAUAUCACAGACAGAUUCGUGGGACCAGACCUAAUAUGCCGCCUCGUGAAGUACCUGCAAGUUCUUGGGAUGUUUUUAUCGACUUACAUGAUCGUUGUGAUGACCGUGGACAGAUACCAGGCCGUGUGUAACCCGAUGGUGAAGUUCCAGCGGGCGCGCACCAGACUCAACAUCCCCGUGUGCGUGGCCUGGGGGGUUUCUGUGCUGGGCAGCCUGCCACAGGUUUUCAUUUUCUCUCAAGUGGAGGUUGCACCCGGAGUGUUUGACUGCUGGGCUGAAUUCAUCCAGCCGUGGGGGUUACAGACUUACAUCACCUGGACCACGUUGGUCAUUUUCAUCCUGCCCGUUACUACAGUGGUCGUUUGCCAAGUGCGCAUCUGCCGAGUCAUCCAGAUCAACCUUUACCAAAAAUCUCGCAGGCAGCAGGAUAGUGUAGGUGUGUUGCCAGCCCGAGCCAGCGGCGUGGCAGGCAUGUCCAAGGCCAGGGUGAAGACGCUGAAGAUGACGGUGGUCAUUGUGCUGGCUUAUAUUGUCUGCUGGGCUCCUUUCUUCACCGUGCAGCUCUGGUCCGCCUGGGACACGUACGCGCCAAAAGAGAAUGCAACUUUUACCAUCCUGAUGUUGCUGGCCAGUCUGAACAGCUGCGCAAAUCCCUGUAUUUACCUUCUGUUCAGCGACCAGUUUCCAAAGAGGCUGGCGCGCCUGCUGCGCCGGCGGCUGCACGGCAGAGGCUCCAUGCCCGGAGACACGACGCGCGUCAGCACUUUAUACAUGAGCUUCAAAAAUGUCUCUGAGGCAAAGUGAGGAUGACACCACGAAGGACGGAAUAACCAAUUAAGGAAACA